UCAUCGGACCAAUAGAUGUUAAUGUAUUAUAUAUCACGACAAAAGAGUUUUGGAUAGCAAUAAUAAUCAGAGAACAAAUAAUUAUGAUGAAGAUAAAUGAUGGCCUGUCUAUUUUAAUAGAAAUACUAUUUCUUAUUUUAAAAACUUUUUAUUUCAUUUGCGAGAGUAUAUGCAAAACGUUUAUGCCAGUAACAAGGAAAAGUGUUGCUAACGAAAUUGUUUUGGUGACAGGUGCAGGUCACGGUAUCGGGAAAGAAUUAGCGAUUGGUUAUGCAAUAUUAGGCGCAACAGUGGUAUGUUGGGAUAUCAAUGAAGAAUCAAACAAACAAACGAUGAACGAGAUCAAACAGAUGGGGAAACACUCUGUACAUGCAUAUCGAUGCAACGUAGCAGACAAAGAAGAAGUCUUCAAGGUAGCUGAAAAAGUGAGAAAAGAAGUCGGUGACGUCACUAUUUUAGUCAACAACGCUGGUAUAGCGUUUGUCAAAAAACUUCUAGAUCAUAGCGUCGAUGAAAUUACACGAGUUAUAGACGUCAAUUUGGUAUCACAUUAUUGGACAUUGCGAGCAUUCCUACCAAGUAUGAUUGAAAAAAAUUAUGGUCACGUUGUAGCUACUUCAUCAGUGACAUCAUUUUUUGGCGCUACCCAUGGUACUGUUUAUUGUGCCACAAAGUCCGCAAUUAAAAUAUUGAUGGAAGCUAUUAGCGAUGAAUUGCGUACAUAUAGCAAAGGAAAAUCCUUGAUUAAAUUUACCACCGUUAUGCCGGCUGUAGUAUUUACUGGACUUGCUAAAAAGCCAAGAAUAAGAUUUACAAGUGUAAUGGGAGGGAUUACACCACAUAAAGCAGCUACACUAAUAAUCGAUGCGCAAAGACAGAAUUUGAAAGAAAGUACUAUACCUUCACACUGGCUGCCGAUAUUAAAUGCAAUAAGAAUUCAGCGUGCAAACUUGAAAAUUCAGAAGUAUGGGAGAUCCAAACAUGCUGGAAUGAAAAAUUUAUAA